GGACGGCUGCUGCGUGUCUUAUUGAUCUGUUGCACAAGCAGUGGCAACCACUCCACAAAGCAGGAGGCAAUGGAACCGUACUCUUUGUGUCGCACACAUGGGGGUUCAAGAAAACGACGCACGCGCUGAACGUGUUCAGCGUGCUGCUGUUGCUUUAAGAGUUUGCACAUGAAGAAGGGGCAGGCAGCGCAAGGGCAGUGACCUCUGUUCUCAUGACGAUGCAGCGAACUGCAGAGGCGGCACACCAAGCAACCCAGCGGCGCAUCUCGCAGAUGCUCCAGCAGGCAUAUGCGGACUUGAAACCGGGAACCAUGUUCAAGAGCAAGGAUGGUGUGUUACGUGCUUUCACAGCCGUCGCUGUGUUCCAUGAGAUGGAUGCAACCACUAUCACGCGCGUGUACGCUUCGGACACUUUCGCCAUUCGUGUCAUCUGCGGCAACGAGAAGAGGUGCCAGGAUGCGCUUAACAUGAACGCAAGUGACCCUUCCCCGCUUGGGUGUCUCUACUGCUGUACCAGCACGAUACAGCCUUGCGGAAGGUUUAGAGUGAAUCAGCUGGGCAUACAUACUUGCCGCAACAGCAAUCGGACAGUCACAUCCCAGACGCUUGCGCGCGUUGACCAGGCCAUCCUUGGUACUGGUCUCCAGAUGUUUGGGCCGGUGUCUAUAAUGGUCGCGAUCACGCACUGCAUGGCAAGGCGACGUUUGGAUGUGCUGGCGCAUGCCGAGACACACAGCUCUCCUCUCACAAGUUUUGCUGCCGAGGAGGUUGCUGCGAGCUGGGGCGCUGCUGCUGGACCGGCGGCUUUGGACAUUGGACACGGUCAAGUGCACGUCCACAGACCCAAUGUGCAACCCCACCAACCGGUAUGA